AUGGAGCUUAUUGGUGGAGUGUUGUCUCCCAUAUCAACAGAUCAUGCUGCUGCUCCAAAUAGGGUACUCAAGAUUGUCAGCUGCGGUUGCAAGGCAACAUGCAGGAAAAAAAUGCAAAUGUUGGAAAGCUGGACUCUUCUGCACUGCAACGUGUUCAUCGUGUUGUGGCCAAACGUGAAAAUUCAACCCCCGUCAAACUGCAAGAAAACAGAAUUUGAUGAUGUGGAAUAUUUUCACAAGGAUUUAUCAAGUGAUGGUGCAAAAACCUUACUAGAAAACAAACCAGUGGGGGCUUACAUCCUGCGACUGAGCCAGACAAACGACAAUCAAUUAACUUUGUCCUGCAACACAUCGACUGGUGAAACCAGACAUUACCUGCUGGAUAACGAGUGCAAACAUUUGUUAUUGCAAAAUCCAACUGAUGACCUUGGACAAAUAUGUUCUCGUAUGGGGAUUUCAUGUCCCCCCCUUACAAUGCCCAUUGUUAAUGCUAGCAGUUCAUUUCACAACCAAAACAUGGAAUUGCUGCUGCUGCAGUGGAUUGUGGAGGCCAGCCGAGAACAUCCACAAAUACACACUGAAGAUAUCGGUGGAAUCAGAGUGAACCUGCCUUUGGUUCACCUGAAAAAACUACUUGCAAUGGUUGCAUUGCUGGAAAUAAGUCGGCAUACGAUUCUCCAAUGUGGGGGUCUUCAGUUGAUGAUAAGCCUUCUCGAGACGAAUGCAAAAGACUUGUCAGAGUUUUCUGUGUUUCAUUCAGAUGAUGCCCUUGAAAUGAUCAUGUCAGGACUGACUGAACUGGUCAGGUGUGGAACACAAAGUUACAGCUCGAUGGAGCACUUUGAGGUGGGGGUACCACUUAAACAGCUACUCUUGGCUCUCAGCACCUUUCACCUAGAUGCCAACCAAAGGCUGGAGAUUCUUGAAGAAGGUAUUCUUCAAAUGCUUGCAGACAUACUGCAACAAGAUGACAUCGAAUCUGAUGUUGUCCUCCUCUGUGUGAAAACUGUUAAAUAUCUGUGUACUUUCCCAGACUGUCACAGAGAUCUGACGGGCAACACAAAGCUGUUGCAAGUUGUCAAGAAAUACUGCACUUCAUGUGACGACCAAGUCCGAGACGAAGCACAAAAAACAGCACAAUUGCUAAAGGAACUGUAAUAAUUUGAUGCUUUAAAAAUGAAGGAUUCAGUUGUUGAGUCUCCACGAGUACUCAGGCAGGGGCCGAGUCUAGCAAGACUUGAGUUCAUGGUUUUUAUAUAUUAAUACAUGUAUUUAUAGAUAUAUAUACAUGUGUGUGUGUGCCCCCUCCGCUUUCUGCACCUUCCUACGCCCGUGAUUAUAUCAAAAUAUUUAUUGUAGUGACUGUUGACAUGAGUUAUCUCCCUUAUUAUGACGAAAGAAACAAUACUGCUUAAUAAUUAUUGUAAUAUCAUAAUUAUAACCGCAGACUGAAUAGCAUUUAAAUAAUUAAUGCAUUGCAAUCAUAAUCAGAAACAAGAAAUAUAUGGACAUGUAAAAAGUAUGUUUUUAAAAUAAAUAAAUAAAUAUGCUAAUCAACCGAUUACAUCGACCAUUCACUGGUUGAAGACUAUGAUUGGGACCUGCUUCUGUCCUGCACAUUUACAAAAUACCAUAAAAACAGAAGACAUAAUUAUUCCAAGUUAAUCCUUUAAUUAAAUGACUAAAAGGCUUAUGAAAAGUGAUACACUUCGGUACAUUUAGGUACAUUUAGCAGACAUCGGUAACGAGAAUGUCACAUGAGAGUCGGCUGGCAACGAGAUCAAGGAUGUUUAAUGGCUGUGGGUGUACUGAGACGGUCGACUGGCAACGAGAUCAAGAAUCUUUAAUGGCUGUGGGUGUACUGAGACGGUCGGCUGGCGACGAGAUCAAGGAUGUUUAAUGGCUGUGGGUGUACUGAGACGGUCGGCUGGCAACGAGAUCAAGGAUGUUUAAUGGCUGUGGGUGUACUGAGACGGUCGACUGGCAACGAGAUCAAGAAUCUUUAAUGGCUGUGGGUGUACUGAGACGGUCGGCUGGCGACGAGAUCAAGGAUGUUUAAUGGCUGUGGGUGUACUGAGACGGUCGACUGGCAACGAGAUCAAGAAUCUUUAAUGGCUGUGGGUGUACUGAGACGGUCGGCUGGCGACGAGAUCAAGGAUGUUUAAUGGCUGUGGGUAUGCUGAAACAUGUACAAAGCAAUAUGUGUGACAUAGGGGUGCGCAAAAUAUCAGUAUCGGUAAUGUCAGUAUCGGUUAUGUGCAACACGAGCCCUGAUGACAGCUUGACAACAUCAAUGCAUGAGGAGCAAUCAAACGUUGCACAACAUGUUGUGGAAUGUUCUGCCACUCAUGCUGCAGUGCCAUAAGAAGUUGUGGACAUGUCUGGGGUGGUGGAUUCCUCUGGCACUCAUGCUGAUCCAGUGCAUCCCAUAAAUGUUCUAUUGGGUUUAAAUCUGAAGAACAGGCAGGCCAAGAUAAUGUCUGGACGUUGUGGCGCUGCAGAAACUCCUGACUGACACGUGCAACACGUGGUCUGGCAUUGUCAUGUUGAAACAUUCCACCGUUGACGUUCAUGUGCGGAAUGACGUGAUGCUGCAGGAUCUCGUCUCGAUAACUGAUGCCCGUCAGUGCACCUGCCACAUGCACAAGAGACGUCCUACCACCAUGAUGGAUUCCUGCCCACACCAUUACACUGCCACUACCAAAACGGUCAACUUGUUGCACGCAAUUUGGAGCAUAAUGUUCCCCUCGACGUCUAUGGACACGUGUGCGUCCAUCAGCACGUGACAGGAGAAAACGAGACUCAUCUGAGAAUAAAACUGUCCUCCACCUGACACCUGUCCAUCUCACCCUCUGUUGGCACCACUGCAGACGCUCCGGUAAGUGACGUGGGAUCAAUGUUACGUCGCACUGGUCUUCUAGGAAAAUUCCUGCCUCCCUCAGCUGAUUACAAACUGUCUAGUCAGAAAUUCUGUGUCGCUAUGGUGAGCGGCGGUGGUUACUCUGGGACGAUCUGACCAUGGCCUGUCAUUAACACUUUGAGUCGUGUUGUACCAUGCCCAAAAAAGCAGAGAUGGUCUGUCUGGAGAUGUCAAAGUGCCUUGCCACAGCUUGUUGAGUUCCCCUGCUUGCAAUCUCACAAUGGCAUUAUUGCCUUGAGCUGACGUCAAUCUUGGCAUUAUUGCGUUACCUACAGUGUCGUUAUGCAGUCUGUUUGAAUCACUGCUGUGGCCUUUUAUGACCCACCAACGGAGGGUUCGGCAUGCAAAGUUACAGAACUCCAUGAUGCACGUGCUCUGAGGGUUGCGUUUUUGCGUUUGUACUGAAAGUACAAACGUUGACUAUGGCUACGUUUAUGCAAAUCGGACAUGUUUUUGCAUCACCAUUCGCUCACUUACUUGAUUGUCUUUACAAUGUCUUUGAUUCUGCAAAAAUAAUCUGAUAGCAUUAUUUUUACCAAUGUCGUUUCUUUUUUUGAAGAGUAUAUAUUGGAUGUGGCAAAUGUACAAGACAAAACAAUUAUUCAGUAGGGCUUCUGCCCCUUCACUCACUGCUUUAAGAAAUUUGUGUUCAUUUGUUUUUGGUUUUUGUUUUUUGUGUUUUUGUGAUGUACAGUAAUAGCAAUUGCUUGCCAAACUAUUUAUCCAAAGUUUUAUCGCUGCUAUAUUUAUGUGUCAUAUUUGGAGGGGGAAAAGCAAUAAUACAUGUAGGUAUUCAAGAGAGAUAAAUAAACCUGCUUUUUUCCUCUUGGCAUUUUAAUACAGGAUUUUCAAUAAUUUAUAUAAAAUUGAAAUACCAGUUAUUAGAAAUGAAAUAAUUAUACGUAACGUCAUCUCCAGAUAUUUGACAAUUACUUUCCAAAAAAGUUUUUUGUCUAGCAUUAUAGUUUGCAAUUAACCUUCAUGUUGUUGAUUUUAUACACGAUGUUUUGAUUUCACUAGAAGUGAAUGGGAAAUGUUUUAUGUUAUACUGCCGUUUGUUUGGCUGUUUGAGGCAUAUUUGUUUGGAAAAGUACAGGUGCUGGUCACCUAAUAAAAUUCUUUGUUUACA